AUGGAUCGUGCCGGCCCUCCUCCCAAAGACAAGGUUGAGGCCCUCAAGGCGAUCGCAAAGAACGCCGGGGUCAACAAGACGCAGCUGCAGUCCCUUUGCGCCGUCAAUGGUUUGCCCAAGACGGGAAACAAGCCUGAUUUGGUGAAACGCCUUGUCGAUGGUGACUUUGUGGCUAGCACGGGUCUGCUGCAGCAACCCAAACCUCAGCCGCCGCAGAUACCCCAAACCGCAAUCUUCCCACCCGUUCAAAAUCACGGAAACAGUUCCAGCAGCUACGCCAUGGCUUCCUACGGCGUAGCUAACGGCUCCUACAGCGCGCCCAAGGGCGUCAGCAGACCACUUGACUGGUAUAACCAACAACGUCACGAUUUCCAGUUCAAGCCGAGCGUUUUCUACGAAAUACAAUAUCGAAUUGGGGAGGUCAAGGAUUGCGAACCAAUGCAGCAGCAUAGGCAAACCGUCUCCAUCAAGCUCAGGGUGUCGGAUCAUCCCCAGCUCAGUAAUGUCGGAAACGACCCUUCACUGAGGAUCAUGAUGUACUGCGCUGCCGGGAAGAAUGGCGUCCAAGAUAUCGCCUUUCCCUACCAGUCAGAGCUCAAGGUGAAUGGCGGCGAGGUCAAGGCAAACCUGCGAGGCCUGAAGAACAAACCUGGGUCUACUAGACCGGUUGACAUCACGGACUCGCUGCGUCUACGACCAAACACAUAUCAAAACAACAUUGAUUUUACGUAUGCCCUCACCAGAGAGGAACUGGUGUCAAGAAUCACCAAGAAGAUCCGUGCCGAAUCGGUGGUUACCGAGAUCGCAAAUAAGGCUAACGACCCUGACGUGGUUGCUACAUCACAAGUCCUCAGUCUGAAGUGCCCACUGUCGUACAUGAGGUUAAGUAAGCCAUGCCGAGGCCUGAACUGCGGUCAUAUUCAGUGUUUUGAUGCCACUUCAUACCUCCAACUCCAGGAGCAAGGGCCACAGUGGUUAUGUCCCAUCUGCAGCAAAUCUGUUCCGUUCGACCAAUUGGCGAUUGAUGAUCCUCUCGGCAGCAAACCACGACUUCUCGACGCCCGGUCGUUCUACUACCGGCGCGUCAACUACACUGAUCGGCACACCGAUGAAUGGAAGCACAGGGGGCACGCCUUCAUUGGCAAGGUCAUCGAACAAUAA